AUUGACUGCGCCUGCGCAUUCGCAACAGACUAUCGAGCCGCCCUUCCUCCCCGCCAACUUGCACCGCAGGGUCGGGCAGACGUUGACUCACAACAACCCCGAGUUAAUUCGCUUGUCGAAUUGAAUACUUUCCGAUAUAAUAUGGAGAGCCCACAUCGCACUGAAAACGAGUUGCCUCUUCUGCUGCCCUCUCUCCGCCUCUUCAUACCCCCCCUACGCCUGGUGUCAGCGGCCAUGUGGCAGGUUGUCCAGAGGGGAAACGUGCAGGACUAUGGGAUGGUGGAGGAGUUCAUUAGUACGGUUUCAGAAAUCGUACCUGAACUUUUGAAUGCAGAUCAGAGAGCCCAGCUCCUCCUGGGUCUCAGGGCACGGGUGGUUCUUGAAUUGUGUCGGGCCGAGCAGAUAGCGGACACAGAAACCAUCGAGAUGCACCUGGAGCGGAUCAAGGCCCUCGUAUCCACAUGGGCAGCUCAGCCUUGUUUUGCCGAUGUCGAGUUUCCAGAAUCAAACUUUGUGGAUCAAGUUGAAUUGUUGUUAAAAGACCCUGAAGAGAAGGAGAAAUUUUUCCAGGAUGUUUUCCCUGUUGACUUUGGGCCUGAAUAUGACAGCGCUCUGCAGAUGCUAAUGUUGGAUUUCCUGUCCAGACUGGAGAAGCUUCUUCCAGUACCAGACAUUCAGCAGACUGCAUCCAUGCUCAGUGCUGUCCCAUCUGCCCUGGAGGAAUGUGUGCACUCUGUUCCUGAUCCCAGGCACCUGAAAACUGUGCUCCUGUACCACACGACGCUUGGACAUUUUGAUUUAUCUGAUGAAUCGCAGACCAUUCCUUCUUCCUUUGGGAACUGCAUCCUCUCUUCGCUGUCGCUUCCUCAGCUGGAGAAGGUCGUAAUUGAUGCAGACCAAAUCCAGUUACAGCCUCCAUCGGAGCAGAUGGAAGGUUGUGUGACUGUCCAGGUGGAGGGUGAAACUGUGACACUGUUGGACUACAUACAGAUUGAACAGCCAUCAGCUUUGGUUGAGCCUGAUGACUGUGAAGAAAAUGAAGUUAAUGAGGGGGAAACCACUGGAGAGGAAGUCAGUGACACCCUAAAGCCAGCAGCUUUCCAACCACUGAAACAAAGCAAACGGCUUCAGCUAAAGAGAAAAGUUUUAAAAGAAAACAAAGACUUGACACCUAAGAGGCAAAGGAAAAAAUACUCCAACAAUAAGACAUGUCCUGUGUGCAAUAAGAUUUUCCUGCGAGCUGCAGCCAUGAGACGACACCUGGAAACCCAUUCUGCCAAUCGAGAUCUCAAGUACAAGUGCGCCAACUGUGACAAACGAUUCAGGGACCAUUACGACAUGAAGCGGCACAGCAUGCGCGUUCAUGAAAAGGACGAGAUGACCAAUGACGUUAAAGAUGACGACUUGGGAGAUCCUAGCACCUCUGAAACAUCAGAAAACAAAAACUGCACUCUGUGUGGGAAGUAUUUCGCCCGUCGAGUAGACAUGGAGCGGCACAUGAAAUCCCACUCGGAGGACCGCCCGUAUAGCUGUUCUUUCUGUGAGAAGAAAUUCAAGAACCCGUAUGUUUUAAAGAGACAUCAGAAGGAAAUUUGCAAGAGCAGAGAGCUGAAGAAGCCAAAGAGAAGGGAGACACAACCGCCGGCUCCACAGCCGCCACCAGAGGGGUCGACAGAGGGCAAAGUCUGUCCCAUCUGCAGCAGGAUCUUGCCUUACUCUGCGGACAUUGCAAAGCAUUUACGAUCUCACACGGAAGAGCGUCCUUUUAUUUGCAUCACCUGUGAGAAGGGCUUCAAGUACAAGGACACACUGAAGAAGCAUCAGAUUAUUCACGGCCACGAGGGGAUCAGAGAGGAACAGAGCAAGACGGUGGAACAGAUUCUGGCUGAAGCUGAUACUCAAAAUUGUAGUGAAACAAGUAAAAAAGAAAACAACCCAGAUGCACCUGCAGAUGUUGCUGAGGAGUUGCCAUCUGUGCCGGUGAAAAAACAGCUAAACAAAAAAGGCCUUAAAGUGUGCCCUGUCUGUGCUAGGACGUUUGACAGUGUCAAAACACUGAACAGACACAUUCAGUGUCACACGGAGGACCGGCCUUAUCAUUGCAUCCACUGCAAGAAGCGUUUUAAACACAUGCACGGGCUGAAAAGACACCAGAUUUAUGCCAUUUGUCAUAAGAAAGUCUCACGAUUCUCAUGGAAGAAGGAGCCGAGGGCAGGGCCCAGCCAGAGCGAAGUGAGCGGCGCCGACCCGCAACAGGGACCGCCUCUGAAAAUACCUGUGUGGUGUUCAAACUGCGGCAAACACUUCGAGUACCCCUCCGCUCUGAAGGAGCAUCAGGAAAACGUUUGCAAAGUGGAAGUGAGUGAAAUCAUGAAAUGUGACGACUGCGGGAAGGAAUUCAAGAGCAUGACCAUGCUCAAAGUGCACCAGAGGAUCCACGAUCCGCUCUACUGCAAAGAGUGCGGGAAGAUACUUGCUAACGAGCCUGCUUUUGAGAGGCACAAACUUAUGCACAGACCAAUGCAGUGCACAAUGUGCGACAAGACUUUUACUCUGCUGAGACGCUUGAGAGAACACUAUGAGAAGCAGCACGACUUCACCGGACCGUAUCCCUGUGCGCAGUGUGACAAAACCUUCAUGCAGCUGUCCUACCUCGCCAUCCACCAGAGGAUUCACAAAGGAGAGUUCCCUUACAUUUGUAACAUGUGCCCAGAGAAGUUCAGGUCUUCCAACUGCCUGACGGUUCAUCUGAGGAAACACACUGGAGAGAAACCCUUCCUGUGCUGGCAGUGCGGGAAGUGUUACCGCUCGGCGUCGGAGCUCACGGUGCACAUGGGGACCCACUCCGAGGAGAGACCCUGGACGUGCACACAGUGCGACAUGGCUUACCGCACCAAGCUGCAGCUGACGAACCACGUCGAGCAAAUCCACAUCGGCGUCAGGUAUCCCUGCAACAGUUGUGGAAAGCAGUUCAUGAAGGAAACGUCCCUGAAAAGGCAUGAGCUCAUCCACACAGGCGAGCGACCGCACCAGUGCACGGUGUGCGGUAAGACCUUCCUGACCGCCAACGAGCUCAGGCUCCACAACAGGUAUCACACGGGGGAGCGCCCGUACAAGUGCGAAGAGUGCGGAAAAGCCUUCAUUCAGUCGGGAUACCUGAAGUCGCACAUGCGGAUCCACACAGGCGAGAAGCCAUUUAAAUGCGACAUAUGUAAUAAAGGCUUCAGGUUGUCGUAUCACAUGAAGAAGCACAGGCGGACUCACGCCGGGAAGCCAAAGAGCUACAUAUGUGAGGAGUGCGGGUUGGCGUUCCUCCUUAAAAAGUCCCUCUGGGAGCACUCGCUCACUCACAAUGUGAAAAUUGAAUCAUCAUUCGCACAUGAAAUGAAAAUAGAGUUUCAGUAGGAAUCUUUGUAUUUUUCCGCAGGUUUUUUUUUUCUUUUCUUUUAUAAGAUGCUGAGGAGUUUAGUUCUGAGCUGGUAUCACAAUCACCAAAAAACAUUACGUUUCUCUUUGUUGUUUUGACCAGUUAUGACCAAUUUGUAAGUUCUUCUUUUCCUUCCUUUCUUGUUGGUAUAAUGUGUUGAUUCACAUCUUCCAUAAAGCAUAAUGAUGAAUUAUAAGGCUACUGCAUAUAUUUAAAGCAAAGGAAUAAUUUUUGCUUACAUGGCUUUUUGAAAUAAAUCCACAAUGAAUGUAAUUCUUCCUCCCUGCAUUUUUCUGUUUAAAUCAAGAGAGCUGAAAAGGCUCAGCAGUUCACUGACUGAGUCACAGAACAUCAAGUAAUUGACAACAGUUUUGGUGAUAAAGUUUCAUUAAUUCAAAGAUAAGCUGGUUCCAGCCUUUUAAGUGUGAAGAUUUGGCAUUUCUGUCCCUGAGGCCUUUUCUAUAAGAUAAUAUUAAUCAGUAAUAAAAUCAUUUCAACCCUGGCAAAAGGUAAGCAUAUAAGCAUUCUGAUCAGCCAUUAUUUAAGACAAAACAGUAAGUAAAACCCGUAUUGUCACUGAGGAGAAACAUCCUUUAAGUUUACAGACAAUUUAACUGAAAGUUAGCGAUUAAAAGGUGACUUUGACCUAUUUGAGUCAUAUAGACCUUAUUUAAAAUAACAUUGAACAUUAAAGAUCCUCUCCAGACGGGUUUCUGAC